CUAUCAACCUCCAUUUGAAGCUCUGAUCUCUCUUUCUUUUAUUUUUCCCUCUAAAUCUCUCCCUAACAGAUUCCUCCAACUCUCAACUUCUUCCGUCAGAAUCCAUGGAUAUCGCUUCUUCAUCUCUCUGUCAAGCUCACAAGAUCUCUCUCACGCGUCAACCCUCUUCCCCGGUCAACUCCUGCUCCCUGGGCUCUGUCUCCGUCAUCGGAUUCUCGCUUCCGCAGAUCAGCUCAGCUAAAUGUCUCCGGAAACGAAGCUCCUCCGGGUUUGUAAGAGCUUGUGUUGCUGUUGAACAGAAGACACGGACUGCUAUCAUCAGAAUUGGCACAAGGGGAAGUCCUCUAGCGCUUGCUCAAGCAUACGAGACACGGUCCAAGCUCCAGGCGAUACACCCUGAACUCACCCAAGAUGGAGCUAUCCACAUCGAGAUCAUUAAAACCACCGGUGAUAAGAUUCUCUCUCAGCCGCUCGCUGACAUUGGUGGGAAAGGGCUUUUCACCAAAGAGAUAGACGAGGCCUUGAUUAACGGUCAUAUCGACAUAGCAGUCCAUUCCAUGAAAGAUGUCCCGACUUAUCUACCUGAGAAAACGGUUUUGCCUUGUAACCUUGUGCGUGAGGAUGUCAGAGAUGCUUUUAUUUGUCUCACUGCUGCCUCGUUAGCCGAUCUUCCAGCUGGAAGCGUUGUGGGAACGGCUUCUCUCAGGAGAAAGUCGCAGAUACUCCACAAGUAUCCUUCAUUAGCUGUUGAGGAAAACUUUAGGGGUAAUGUGCAGACGAGGCUAUCGAAGCUUCAAGGAGGAAAAGUCCACGCAACUCUAUUAGCACUAGCAGGUCUUAAGAGACUGAGCAUGACAGAGAAUGUUGCAUCUAUACUAUCUCUCGAUGAUAUGCUACCAGCUGUUGCUCAAGGAGCUAUUGGAAUUGCUUGCAGAACAGAUGAUGAUAAAAUGGCAAAUUACUUAGCGUCACUGAACCACGAGGAAACAAGAUUAGCGGUUGCAUGCGAGAGAGCGUUUCUUGAAACGCUGGACGGCUCAUGUCGCACACCUAUUGCUGGAUACGCGGCCAAGGACGAAGAAGGCAACUGCUAUUUCAGAGGAUUGGUUGCAUCACCUGACGGUACCCGAGUUCUUGAGACCUCAAGAAAAGGACCAUACGUGUUUGAGGACAUGGUGAAGAUGGGAAAAGACGCGGGGCAAGAACUGCUUUCUCGUGCUGGUCCAGGCUUCUUUGGCAACUAAGCCAUUCGAAGAAGAGGAGGAAGAAGAUGAAGAAGGGCUGUGGACAUUGACAGAAUCUAGGUUUUUAGGAGUUUUCCAACAUCAUAGACAGAUCCCUUUUCUUCCUCUUAAAUCUGUUGUAACUUUUUUGAUUUAGAGAGAAAGAUAUUGAUUGUUUUCUUGUAUGCAGAGAUAAAAUUUCCUCUUGCAGUUGUACCUUUUUCAUCCCACUAUGAAACUUUUCCUCUA